AUGUGUUUAAUAUUUUGUGAUGAAGAAACACGCGAGCUUGAAAGAAAACCCGCAUAUGGAAAGUGUCCACAUUGUGGUGGAAAAGUAGAGAUUUUAGAUGUGGAGACCAAAAGUCGUUGCUGUUUUUUGUUUCCCGUGUGUUUUGAGAUCAAGCGCAAGUUCCGUUGUACUAUUUGUUCCAAGCGUCUUGUUCUUAAAUACUACUAA